AUGGAAGAUUUGUUUAAAAGUUGUCCCGCAGAUGGACCUCCUAUAUUCAGGAUCUCCAUUACCCCGCUUUUUGACCAUCAAGGCGCAUAUUCUUUAUCCAUCCAACAAACCCUGCAUCGACCACGUUGCAUUGCCCAUGAGGCUCUUCUCUUAUUUGAGACGCGCUGUGGGAAUGUUCCUGCUUAUCAAUUCACCGAAGAACAUGUGUUAGCUUUCGAUCACGACGGCCCCCUCCCUAUUUACUUCACCAAGACCAGAUUGAACUCGCCUGACCAAGAAUGGCGCGUGAAGCGCAAUACUUCUGGCAAAGUCACAUUGCAUUUUAAAGUCUUUCCUCGAUAUGUAGACAUCGAAACACCGAUGGGCCCACUAUGGCGUCACGUCGUUGAGUGGGAUUUGUCAAAAGCACCAUUGGGCACGCGUGCGAUGUGGUCUUAUGGCGAGGGCCCUGGUCCCAUUUCCAGGGACGCUUACCCCAUGACAGUUGCAAAUUCGAUCUUCAUGGUUGGACCAAUCAAGAGUUACCCUGAGCCAGCAUCUAAUAAGCGACCUUUCGCCGGCGCGAACAUCAACUGGUUUGGGGAACUACCUGAUAAUAUCCAUUCUCUCAAUCAAUAUAGUGUGUCGUUUUUCUUCAAAUUAGCCGCCUUUUUUCUGAGAGAAAAAGCCUCAUACAGCAUCUUUAUUAGGCGAGUGGUUAGAGGGUAUGGAGGAAGCGCAUGUCUGGAAAGCUAUAUGUUUGAAUACGAUGAUACGAUCUGCAAAGAAACAGAGGAAGAGCUUGUCUCUCUCUUCUCUCAUGAGAUGAUCCACAGCUUCUCAUCUAUGGACCCCGAGGAUGAUGGAUAUGAUAAUGGGUGGUACAUUGAAGGCCUCGCAGAAUUUUAUUCCAUAUUUUUGCCCUAUCGCUUUGGCCUUCGCGGUUUUGACUACCUCGUGGGCAGACUGAAUGCGAUAUUACAAGCUUAUGGUAGCAGCCCGCGAAUCCAUAUGGACAUAGUCGAUUCCCAAAGCAGUUUCUAUGACGACUGGUACGCAGAGCUGAUACCUUAUAUGCGCGGUUGCGUGUACCUUCUCCAGAUCGAUAGUAGCCUGAGAAAAGCCAGCGGUAUAUUUGGUUUCGACCAGAUGAGUCCCUUGGACGACAUUAUUGUCGAUAUGGGUAAACGGUGGCAAAGAGGAGAAAGGCUUCAGGCAUGUGACUGGCUGACGUACUUGUGGCCUUACCUGGGAGACAUGUCCCAAGGAUUCCGAGCCAUGCUUCGAGGCACAACAAUGGACUUGAAAGAUGUCCUAGUAGCUCAUGAAGACUGGAUUCUGGCCACCUCAAUGCAGGAAAUUCUGGAGUUUGGGCUCGACAAGUCGAGUACCAAUAAACGAAUCGUAUCUGGUCUCGUUCAAGGAUCAAGAGCCGCCAUUGCGGGUCUCAAUAAUGGAGAUAAAAUCCUGUCGACGUCACGGGCAAGUUUUUGUGCAAUGUCAUUGAGUGCGACUUUUGAAGUUUCUAUCGAGAGAGCCUGUCAAAAAGUGCAAAUCUCAUAUUGGCCGCGCUCAUUCUCAAAGGCUCGGGUUUUUUACUUUACAUGCAGACUGAGGAGGGAGCUUUGCAAAUGA